AUGGGAGUCCAGCAGCCAGCAUUCAUCUCCUUGGUCUUGGUGGGGAUGUGGGUGACCUCCUGCCACGGUGGGGAAGGCCAGAACUUUGCAGUGUGGCGCACAAGACUCACAGGUUCUGGCUGCAGAUGUUCAGGCCUGCUGGAGGUUAACCGUAUGGGCCGCUGGGAGAGAGUUUGUAGCAGUGUUUGGAACCAGAUGGUCACAGAAAUAGUCUGUGCAGAGCUGGGCUGUGGCUCCCCCUCCAGUGAGGUUCUCAAAAUAGACUCAGAACAGAAACACAUGGAAAGUAUGAAGCCGGACUGCCCGGGGAAUGGGGCUGACCUGAGGAACUGCCGCUGGGAGAAAUCCAACUGCACGCAGGUUCUGACCGUGAUUUGCAAAGAACCGGAAAAAACCACCACUGCGCCACCACCACCAACUACACCAGAACCCACUGGCCCACCCAGGUUGAACCUGGUAGAUGGGAGGUUCCACUGCUCAGGGAUUGUGGAGCUCUACAUGGGAGGCCACUCAGGAACGGUCCAAUCAAGUCCAGAAAACGAGAUGGAGCUGGCUCGCUGGGUUUGCCCGAAGGUGGGCUGCGGUGAUGCCUUAGAGUGGAAAGAGUGGCCUUUCUUCAUGAAAAAUGAAAGUCAGCGUCUACCUGUCCAUUGGGAGAUGGUGGCAUCAUGUAGAAGUGACUCUAUCCCAGACUGUUUCAAGAGAACCAGGAACUCUCAGGACAAAACCCCAGCCUCUGUCAUCUGCUCCGGUUUCCAGCCAAGGAUAAUGCAAAGCCUUGGGGACAGCCAGAGCCCCUGCGAAGGGGUCAUGGAGGUGUUCCAUAAGGGGAAAUGGGAAGUUCUGUGCGAUUCCAGUCCAUGGAGGAAAUCUAGAGGGCAGCAGGUGUGCCAAGAGCUGCAGUGCGGGAACCUCUCCUUGAGCGUCCAAGUCCAAGGUGCCAAGACACGGGGAGUGUCCUGCAGCCAAGAGCACCUCCAGCAGUGUCCCACUUUCCAAAGAACAACCUGCUCCAAAACCAGAGUCACGUGCCAGAAUUUCAAGCCACGCUCAGCUGGAGUGGGAGCAGGAACCAUUGUGAGCAUCCUCCUGGCUCUGAUCCUCCUUGGAGUUCUCAUCGUUAUCUGUGGACCUCCCGCCUACAAGAAACUACAGAAGAAAUACGCCAAGAAGCAGCAGCGCCAGUGGAUAGGCCCAACUGGAUUACAGCAAAACGUUUCAUUCCACCGCAACAGCACUGUCACUCUCAGGCCCCGUCAGGAAGGUCAAGGCGCACAGGGCGAGGACAACGACUAUUCUCAGACCCCUAAGAAGAACUCCUACCUUUCGGCUUAUCCAGCUCUGGAAGGGGCGAUCAGGUCUUCCAACCCUCCAGACAACUCCUCCGACAGUGACUAUGACUUGCAUUCUGCUCGGCGACUUUAG